ACGGAGGAUAAGAAAACUAAAAUCAUGCCUGGUUUAGCCACUGAGCUAAGACAGCUUAUCGAAGGAGAAACUAAAUCUACAAGGAGACACAAAGUCUUAAUCAAAUGGCUGCAGAAGAAAAGACUUCUAAGAAGACGGAUGAGAUGCAAAGAAUGCAAACACAAGAUGAAAUUCAGGGAAUCAGUCUGUGUGGAUAACUAUGCAUGGAUUUGCAAACACCACAGCCACAAAGGAAGGAAACUGAAGAGGUCUGUUAGACACAAAUCUAUAUUCAGCAAAUCAAAGGUCUCCCUCUUCAACUGGAUGCGGUUUCUCUACAGAUUUGCACAAGGCCUGCGCCUACGUCAAGUGGACAUGAUAAGUGACGACAUUUCUGGGAGCUCAGCAACACUGUCCAAGAUGGCUCGAAAGCUGCGAGAUGUUUGCACCACUGCAAUGGACAGAUAUCAGCAAGCAAGAGGCCAGUACAUCGGGGGGCAGGAGCAGUUUGUCACAGUUGAUGAGAGCCACUUUAGACAUAAAAGAAAGUAUGGACGGGGACGAAUGGCUGGUGGGUGGAAGAGGAAGAAGUGGGUGUUUGGGAUGCUAGGUGUUGACCGGAGGGGGAGAAGACAUGCUAAACCUAUUCUUCGCUUGGUUGAGAGAAGAAGAAGGAGAGAUCUGGUGCCGCUUAUAGCUCACCAUGUUAAAGUAGGCUCUACAAUAAUAAGUGACGAAUGGCGGGCUUAUCACAAUGCUUUACCUGAGCUAGGUUACACUCAUUUCACUGUCAAUCACAGUGUGUCAUAUGUCGAUGCCCAAACAGGUGCACAUACUCAACACAUAGAGAGGGCCUGGAGAACAGUUAAGGAAAAUGUGUGGAGACUCAGGGGAAAUCGUACAGAAGAGUUACUGUUAGACCAUCUCAGAGUUAUUGAAUGGCAUGAGUGGCUUGGCCGUCAACAUCGCAAAGGGCCGCUAGGACGGGUAAUCCAUGACAUUGCUGUGAUGUAUGGACAUUAAAAGAUCUGUUUGACCAGCGUUCUGCUCAAAAAGUUCUAAAAUUCCAUUUUAUUCUGCUGAUCUGCCAUGUGACGACUCAGUAUGUGUGGAAAAGGAAUAAACAGUGUUCAACACUUAA